GUAUUGCUAUCAAAUGCGCCUGCGCUGCGGCUGAAUUUAGACUUGCCCGAUUUUGCCUUAACGAUGGCGGUGGAGCUGUUGUCCUGCUUGACGCCGAGCGCGCUUUUCAUCUUAAUGCUACAACUUGGGCUGUUCUGCCUGGGCGGAGAUGCGAUUAGCGAAAUCUCUGUAAGUCUGGGCAAAGAGACGACCUUAUCCUGCAGAGACCAGGUGAAGGAGGGUGUCCGGUACUGGGGUAUCAGCUGGUACAAGGUGGCUGAUAAUGGGUUAUCAGGAAUUAUUUUCAACAAUUUCAAGGAAAAAGCUGCCCAGAAGUAUAGAGGUUGCGACUUAGCGGUUAGAUCGACACCUACCGAACCCUAUUCCUUGAUUAUUUCCAAUAUCUCCAGUGAAGACUUGGGAAUGUACCAUUGUUUCUUGUGGGCACCAGUUGGAGAAGAAAAUAAAAAGGGAUUUGUGAAUUUGAAAGUAAUGGGUCAUACAAGCUCGCUAACUUUGAACUGGAUGUUGAAACCCCUAAUAGCUAUAUUCUGUCUCCUUUCUUUACUAUGCUUGUAUUUUAUGAUCAAGAAAAUCACCAGAGAACGUGAAAACUAUGGAAAGCUAAAAAACACGGAUUUGUGGAAUUCCAUUCAAAUUCAAAUUGAGGAACCAGUCAAGGACAAGUUCAACUCAACGUGACCUUGAGCUGAUGGAAUGAAAAGCUGCACUUGGCAGAAUGGAAGCUUCGCAUGAGAGGCCUGCUACAAGUACCAGAAGCAAGGCAAACUGUGUGCAGGUCGUGAAUCAAGUAAUAAGGGAAUGCUUGUUCCCAUUUCCUGUUAAAUUCCUAUUUGUUGCUAAAGUAGCCCAAGUACUUCUUGCUAAAACAUGGGAGACUGCGGAUGCUGUAAUCUGUAUCAAUAAACAAUCUGCUGAAGGAAUUUAGCAGUUUGAGCAGCAACUGCUGUGGAGGAGAAAGCGAUAAGUCCGUAUUUCAGGUUGAAGCACUGCAUCAGAACUUCUGCAUUUUUCAACCCAAAAUGUCCACGAUUCCUUUCUCCCAACCGCUGAGUUCUUCCAACAGAUUGUUUGUUGCUGCACCUUCCAGCAUCUGCAGUGUCUCAUCCCUGAAACCCUGCUUCAGACUGACUUAGAGUGGUGAAUUAACCAACCAACCCCACAUCCCAUUGGAAUGUGGGAAAAAGCACGAUCACCCGGUAUCUGUUAUCCUGACUUCGGUGUUGUACAUGUGGUGUUUGCAUAUUCUUCAAUCGAUCAUGUGACUUUCCACUGGUGUUCUGGUUCCUUGUACCCACAAAAUUUAUUGGUAGGUUAAUCUUCUGCUUUAAAUUGGCCCUUAUUGUCUCUUAGUGACAAUGUGAGAGAUUGCAUGAUACAGAAAGACUUGUUAGGGAUCAUUCUGGAUCUGAGACAUUAUGGAUAAGAUAACUAUGGAUAACUAAAAUAAGAAUUAGUCUUCAGGAAAUAAAAUCUGUACACAAUUUGAUGGGACACUUCUGUCCCGUUGGAACUACAUAAGGAAAGAGACUAGGUGAAGGUGGAAGCAACCCACACAGAAUGCUGGAGAAACUCAGCAGGUCAGGCAGCAUCUGUAGAGGAGAAUAAACAGUCAAUCUUUCAGGUCGAGAUCCUCCAUCUGAACGUUCCUGCUACUGACACACUUAAAGGUGUAUCAAGAAGACGAGGAGAACGUCCCUGUAUGAGCACGUUGUUAAAGAUGUAUCCCUGCCAAUGUCUGUUUUGUUUUUGUCUGUUUAGAGAUGAAGUGCUUCCUGUAUUGGAUUGCCUAGUUACACCCACGUGACCACUUAACUUACAUCUUUGGAUGUAACGUGAAAAACAGAGCACCUGGAAGAAACACACGCAGUCACGUGGAGAAUGUACAAACUCCUUACGGACAGUGGUGGGGAUUAAACCCAGGUUUCUGGCACUGUAAAGCAUUACACUAACUACCAUGCUACCGUGCUGCCCCAUUUUCUCUCUUAACCUUCUAAUUAGUUGUACCUUCAUGGAGCCACCCGUCACUGACAGAAAGGGUAUAUUUUGGAUGUCUGCAGUCAGCAGUAUUGAACAUCCAAAGGGGUUCAAGUUCAAAUUUAUUGUCAUCUGACUGUACAUAUCUACAACCAAACGAAACACCAUUCAUCCAAAUCAUAGUGCACCCACAAAACUUAUGUCACACACAGCACAUAAACCAAAACAUUAUACUUUAAAUAAGUUAAUAAGAUGCAAUUUGAAAUGUAUGUAGUAAAGUGCAGCACGGGUAAACAGUAAAUUUAUCGCUGUGGCAAUGAUCAGACCCUGGUGGAAGCAGAGUAUUCAUUAAUGUCACAGCCUGAGGGAAGAAGCUGUUACCUAGUCUAUGUUCUAUGUUCUAGUCCAGUAGUCCAGGAGGUGCUUCUACCUCCUUACUGACGGUAGUUGGUUGAGAUUGUGGGUUGGGCCUUUUGUCUAGUAAAUGUCACAAAUGCGGGAAGGGAGAUCCCUCUAAUCCUUGGAUGUGCUACCAUUGUAAAUAUGAAAUUCUGUUUCUUUACCUGACUCUAUUCAGAAUGUUAAUUAAGUGAUUACAGCAAUUGAAACUGUCGUUAAUCAGUUAUUGUUAUGUUGAAGAAUUGUGAUUGUAAAACAUCAUUUCAGGAGCAACACACACAAAAUGCUGGAGGAACCUAGCAGGCCAGGAGGCAGCAUCUGUGGAAAAAAGUACAGUCAGCGUUUUGGCCUUCUGAGCUCCUCCGGCACUUUGUGUGUGUUGCUUGGAUUUCCAGCAUCUGCAGAUUUUCUCUUGUUUGUUAUUUCAGGAGAGUGAGAUUCCCUCCCCCUCCCUGAAGGUUCACAGUCUGAAUAGACUGGAUACAAGUUCUGUAUUUAGCAAUUAACAGUUUCUGUGUGACUUCAGGACUGAUGUGGGGAGCAUGCAUGGACCAGAUCGGGGGGAAUAGCAUGUGUGGUUCUAAGUGUACAGAUGCACACACAACCUUACUUGGCUGUCUGAUCUUUGCCAUUAGUGAAAUCCUUGGGGUGGGGAGAGGUGUGUAGCCUAACCAAAAGAAGAUACCACAGAUUCCGUCUUACUCAGCAGGAGGGGAUGAGAGACACCAGAGGAUUUGGUGUUUCAAUACAAAGCUGGUGUUGUCAAUGGCCCCCACUCACUCUGAUGACCAGGGUUCAACCUGGAGCCCUGAAUCUCAGCACUGAGUGCACCUCACAGGCAGCCUCUCCACCCCAAGCUCUGGGACAAUUCUUGCUCUAUGCUAGUGGAUACAGGGAUUCACAGAGGUGUUUGCCAGAACCACCUGUAACCUGAGUCGAUGUUUUUUUUAAUUGAGGAUACACCUACAUCACCCAGGCUGGAUGUCCACAAUAAAUUA